GUUGGAGAGUUCAAGGGCAAGCGGUUGCUCAUGUUGAAGAAUCCAUGGUCGUCCUUGAGAUGGAGGGGGAGAUUCUCCCCCGAGGAUGAAGAAUCUUGGUCUGAUGAGAGUCUGAGACAAAUGCUGCAUUACGAUCAGCUCACGAGUGUUGACUAUGACAGAGGAUUGUUUUGGAUCGACUUUGAAAGUUUAGUGCGGUAUUUCGACUCCGUAUGUUUGAAUUGGAACCCGGCAUUGUUCCGACAUUCCUAUUCUGUGCACGGUGAAUG